AUGAAUCUGGCCGAUUUCUCGUACUUCUCGUGCAGCAUGUCACCGACGGAGGCGCAGCCCACGAGCCCGGCGCCGGCGGCAGCUGUGUCUCCGCAUGUGAGCCUGGAUUCACCGUCACUCAACCAUCAUCAUCAUCAUCAUCAUCAACAAUCAGGAGCUAAGGACGCUGUUCGUGUGAAACCGGAGCCGAGGGAGGGCAGCCCCCGGGCGGAGCUGGAGGACGCGGUGUCUGCGGGUCACCCAGCCGGCGGCCGGCGCAGGAAGAGGCCGGUGCAGCGCGGGAAACCUCCGUACAGCUACAUCGCGCUCAUAGCCAUGGCCAUCGCCAACUCCCCGGAGAGGAAGCUCACGCUGGGGGGGAUUUACCGCUUCAUCACGGAGCGCUUCCCGUUCUACCGAGAGAACCCGCGCAAGUGGCAGAACUCCAUCCGGCACAACCUGACGCUCAACGACUGCUUCGUGAAGAUCCCACGGGAGCCCGGGAGACCCGGCAAGGGCAACUACUGGACGCUCGACCCCGCCGCCGAGGACAUGUUCGACAACGGGAGCUUUCUGCGCCGGAGGAAGCGUUUUAAGCGCUCGGACGUCAGCACGUAUCCUUCCGGCGCGUUCACGUUCAGCCCGAGUCCCGCGGCGCGUCAGCAGUACACCACCAACGCCUUGUACCCGAGUGUGACCCCGGCAGCAUACAGCAGCUCUCCGUUACCCGGCUCUCCUCACGGAGCCGUGCUGCAUCCCUAUCAGCCGUCGGCUCACGCUCACCUCCAAGGACAAGGCCGGAUGUUCAGCAUAGACAACAUCAUCAGCCAACAGCAGUCCGUCGGACCCGGAGCCGAACUUCACAUCGGCCUCAGUGCUGGAGAUCUGAGCUCAAUUAGCGCGACGUUACCCGUCACCGACCCGACCAGCUUUCAGACUCUCAACCACACGAGCCGGAACAGCGUCUCCAUGGCGCAUGGGUUCUCAUCCUCGGCCUCUCCUCCGCACCUGACCCCUGCCUCGCCGCCAGGUGGCUUCUCUCCCGGAGGUUAUUGCACCGGAAGCAGGAUGGCGCGGCCCGUCUCCUGCACCGAGCACACCGAGCAGUUCCUGGGACUCACGGGAACGAAUCUGAACUCGUACAACAAUUCGUAUGUGCGACAAGCAAACUUCGGACCCUUCAUGUAACGCACAACUCCUACCCACGU